AUGGUUAGAGAUUCGGAAGGAAAAACUGUUGAUGACUUUCAAUCCACCAUAGAUUUUGUUGAUAAGGUAGAGAACAUUAGAACAAGAUAUGACCUUCCCUCAGAUCUAGAGGCGAGAGCCCCGUUAGGAAACAAGAGGGCCAACUCUCCUCUUGAGGAAAGAAUUACUGUGUAUGACCGAUUUAUGCAUCUAGGGCUUAGAUUCUCCCUAUUCCCCCUGUUCGAGGAGAUUGUGCAGCACUAUAAGACUCCUCUUGCUCGUUUUACCCCAAAUUUAAUAACUUUUGUUUUGGGAUUUGCAAAAGUAUGCCAACAUGUAAAAGUGAAACCUCGGUUAAUACUGUGGAGGUAUUUCUUCCAAGUAGUUGUUGCCUCGACCUCUUUCCAAGAUUGGUAUAUUGUGAAGAGAUGCCUUAGAUCCGGCGUUAAAAAGAUGGUCGAGUCGUAUGGCGGCUCUCCUGAAUGGAAGCCGGACUUCUUGUUUGCAAGGGCGUCCAAGGACUACUGCCUGUCGUGGAACCAUCGAGAAAUGGAGGGUCUUGGAGCAAUAAAGGAUGAGUGGACCCAAGAAGACGAUAAGUGCAUCGAGGAACUUGAUGCAGACGUGGAGAAAAUUCUGAAAUACUCUAAGGUCAUGUCGUCAAACAAUGCUGGUUCUCGAUUGUUUGGUGACGAAGAUCCUUUUACUAUUGUGAAUUUAGAUAAGGAUGUUACCAUCAUUGCAGCUCCUCAAAAGAAAAAGAAGAAGAGGAUCGUGAAGGCCGGUGAUAGGGCGAAAUAUAAGAAGGCCAGAACGGAUACGCCCUCGAAAGAAACCGCAGCACCAGAUGACGAGACAGUGCCCCCUGCUACUGAGACCGUUCAAAAUCCUCGUCCGGAAGCUGGGCCAAGUGUUGUUCCUCUUGCAUUAGAGAAAGGCAAGGGCCUCUUCAAAGGAGAGGCAAUUACCCUGCCUCCUCAACUGUUCGAGGGAGGUCCGUCCGUGGCCGUGCACACCUUCAGCAACCCACCGACCAUCGAGUGUCCUGUACUCGAAGAAUUCGCUGCUCAGCUGAAUGAGGCUGACACUCUGAGACUGAUAAGCGCGGUCUCCAUGGCCUAUCUGGUGCAGCUGAGGAAAUUGCGAGAAGACCUGGUCACAGCUCGGUCUGAAAGGGAUGAAGCUUUAUUCAAGGUGGUGACUCUCGAGGAAAAGGCCCGCCAGGUCCAAGCUAAGGAAGCCGAGAUCCCCUUGGUACAAGCCAAGUAUGACGAGUUGGACGAGAAGAUGAAGUGCUUUGCCAGCUUGCACAUCUCGAAAGAGGAACUACACCAGUGGUGUGUUGCAUUCAUGUAUAAGAUGCUGUCUACAUGGAGGGAUGGCCGCAGCCCUCGAGGAGAUGAAUUUGGUUGCCACCAAAUCCUGAUAAAGGACCCAAAGAAGACCAUGCACGAGGCAAUGGUGAAGGUCCUAACAAGGUUGAACCUCGAGCAACUGCCCCUGUGGGAAGCCCUAACUGGUGCCUUGCCGAAAAUGAGUUCUCCUGCAGACAUUGCUCCAUUCCCAGGUGACGUACCCGCUAUCCUGGCCAGGGGCCCGAGUGAAGAAGAUCCCAUACAUGAUGUACCGGAUGAGUACAUGAGUAUUGAGCUCGAGUAUGCUGACGAAGCCACUGAGGAGGAUGUUGCUGAUACUGGCCCCUCUGGAGUUGAGUUGAAUACUCCAUUUUUUGUGUUUAUAGAAGCAUCGUUAUUCUUGCCUUACUUUAACUUGAUGCAAAUAUCUUACAAUCCUAUUUUGAAGCAGGAUAGUUGGCUCGUCCACCAUGUUCACCUUAUGGUUCUAUCGGAGGAGCAAUCGAGUGAGUACCCCCUAUAUUCCAUGAUUAGCAGAAUUCUAAGAGGUCGUGCCGACGUGCACAGUAUCGAGACAGUGGCAAACCUAGAGAAUGACCUUCUCGACGCUAUGAGGACGCACAAUGUGAAAGUUAAUCAGGAUCUGAUAAAUGAGAUUAAGGAACUUCGUGAGGAGAUGCAGCAUCAGGAGGCUCAAAGUCUGAAAGACUAUGGUGAUUCACUGACUUUCAAGGCCGAAAUCCAUGAUGAACCGGUUAUCUUGGAGAAGGAGAACACUCGAAGUCGCCGCUUCAUUGCAGCCAUGGAUAUAUUGAAAGGGAAAGCUCAUGAGAUCGGGCUUCUUACGGAUUACAUUGCCAAAUUUCAAAAUCUGUUACUAGACAACAACAUCGACUUCGAAGUUUUUGAGCACCUGGAGGAAACAGUUGAUCCUCGAACUCAGAGUUCUCGAGAAGAGUUGUUUAUGAGGGUGCAUGCCCAGGACCUAGAGAUCGUGGAUCUUAAGGACAAGCUUAAUCAAUGUGUGAAUCUCCUUAGCCUGCAUGGGUAUAAGGGGAUUAUUCAUCCUUCUCUCAACAAUCCUGCCAGGGAAGUCCUUGUAAUAGUGUAG